UAAAAAAAUAGGGGUCAUCGCGUUCCUUCCACUCCUCUGGUUUAUCUGUUCUUCUGGAGCGCUGCUCAAGCGAUCUUUAGCUGAAAGCUUUCUCCUCUGCCGGUUCUCCUUGCUGUUCUGUGGAAACUACGUGUUGUUUCUCCUCCAGAAAUGGCGAUGAAAGCGCCAAUUAGGGGAUUGAGCAUGGUGCCAUCUCCAUCUUCUUCUUUGUGCCCUCCUCCUAAGAUGGUUCUGGUCCGCUGUCCUCCUUUGAGGACCUCCUUCUUCAAUGGUGGAGUGGGAAGGUUAAAAGCCAUGGGGAUUCAAACAUCCAAUUGCAAUGCACUAAAAUGUGUUGGGCGUGGUGGUGGAGCUCUUGGAGCGCAAAUGAAUCUUUUUGACCGCCUAGCGAGAGUAAUCAAGUCAUAUGCAAAUGCAAUCCUUAGUUCCGUGGAGGAUCCAGAAAAAAUUUUGGAUCAAGCAGUUCUUGAAAUGAAUGAUGACUUGACAAAGAUGCGCCAAGCGACAGCCCAGGUUUUAGCUUCUCAAAAAAGGAUGGAGAAUAAGUAUAAAGCUGCUCAACAAGCUUCUGAUGAUUGGUAUCGGAGGGCUCAACUUGCUCUUGCGAAAGGAGAUGAUGAUCUUGCUCGUGAGGCACUUAAGCGACGGAAGUCCUAUGCUGAUAAUGCCAACUCUUUGAAAGCUCAGUUAGAACAACAGAAAAGCGUGGUUGACAAUUUAGUUUCUAACACUCGGCUUUUGGAGAGCAAGAUACAGGAGGCAAGGUCUAAGAAAGAUACACUAAAGGCUCGGGCACAAUCUGCAAAGACUGCAACAAAAGUUAGCGAGAUGUUGGGAAAUGUCAAUACUAGUAGCGCUCUUUCAGCAUUUGAGAAGAUGGAGGAAAAGGUUAUGGCAAUGGAGUCCCAAGCAGAGGCCCUUAACCAGCUUACUACUGAUGAUCUCGAAGGAAAGUUUGCAUCACUUGAGAGUUCUUCGGUGGAUGAUGAUCUGGCUAAGCUGAAAAGAGAACUAUCAGGGAAAUCACUGAAAGGAGAGCUUCCUGCUGGUAGAACGGCAAUCAGCAGCUCAAGUGGAGCAUUUCCUUUCCGAGAUAUAGAGAUUGAGAAUGAACUUAAUGAGCUGAGAAGGAAGUCCAAGGAAUUAUAGAUUACCAUUUGGCAGCUUAGAAGUUCUUUGCAUAUUUUCAGUGCUGCAGCUCAAUCAAAAUGUGCAGCAGUUCUUAUGCUGUUUAUGGAUCUGAUUGCUGCAUUGUUUGAUUAGAAAAUAUACAAAUGGCACAUAAAUGGAUGUACAUUGGCAUCAAAAUUUUUGUAAAAUAACGAACUUUUAGCUUCUUUUUUCUUGUUUAAUGUAAAACUGGCGUACCAAGUACAUGAUGCUUCUGCAAAAUCAUUCUUGCAUUGUUAAAA